UACCACCAAUAUCUAUUGCUAGUAUACUCAAGGGUGUCUACGGAAUCGUUAAAGUUUAACCGCAAUGUACAGAAAGUGGUGUUUACUGCAUAAUUCAUACUUCAGCUCGGUGUCCCUUAGAAAUGAACGGAGGCUCCAGACAAACUGGAAGCACAGCCGGUUUACCUCCGUCCUGAGCCUGUCAAUAAGCUGUUUUAUCGCGGUCGAAGUUAUAACAACCCGAUUAGAACCGUCCAGUUUAGCCGGUUUGUACAAAUCUCAAUUCGUAUUUAAACGUUUAGCGCGUUUCUGUGAAACCGGGAACGCGCAUGCGCACUGGCAGGAGGCAGGCAGAUGCGGAUAUAAGGAUUGGCGCCGGCGCCACAGCUGAUGUACUCAUUCAUUCUUCACUAAGGAGCGGAGCCAUACAAUACAGUCAGCACCAUGUCCAGGCGCAGUGAUCGCAUCACUCUUCAAGCCAGAGAUCCAAAUAGCACCGUCACGCUGAGGAAAAGAAAGACUGAGUGUUCUAAGAAGAAACUACAACCCGCUGCCAAGAAACAAAGCUAUGAAAUACAAAAGUGUUGGUCAGAGGAUGGAGCGUCUCCAUGCAUUCUCAUAGAAACUCCCCACAAAGAGCUAAAACCAGCAAACCCGUCCAACUUCAAACAAUACACAUUCAAGAACCUCUUCAUCAAGGCUUCGCCCAUUCCUCAUCUCAGUUGGGCUAGUUCGGACGAUGUGUGGAUCAAAAUGCUUAACAAGGAGCUGAAGUACGUUCAUGACAAGAGCUACCUGGAGCGGCAUCCUAAACUGCAGCCCAAGAUGAGGGCAAUUCUCCUGGACUGGCUGCUUGAGGUGAGUGAGGUGUACAGCCUUCACAGACAGACAGCGUACCUUGCCCAGGACUACUUUGACCGCUUCAUGCUCACUCAGGAGAAUAUCAACAAAGACUACCUGCAACUCAUCGGCAUCACGGCGCUCUUCAUAGCCUCCAAGAUAGAGGAAAUCUACCCUCCUAAAACCUACGAGUUUGCCUAUGUCACAGACGGUGCCUGCGACCAGUGGGACAUCCAGCGCACAGAGCUUCAGAUAUUAAAGGCGUUAGACUGGAACCUUUGUCCUGAGACCCCCAUCUCCUGGUUGAAGCUGUACACUCAGGUUGAAGCCCAGAAAAAUGGAGUGAACUUCCUGGAGCCGCAGUUCUCCCAGGAAACCUACAUCCAGAUCACACAGCUGUUGGACUUGUGUAUGAUGGACAUCACCGCGCUCGACUAUAACUACAGCGUUCUUGCCGCAGCUGCCUUCUGCCACUUUUCCACCUUUGACGUUGUUCAUAAAGUCUCAGGUCUCACAUGGGAUAGUGUGUCUCAGUGUUAUCAGUGGAUGACUCCCUUCAUGGAAACACUGCGAUCUGAACCCAAACCUCAGCUCAAGAACUUCCCAAAAGUCAGAGCAGAUGACAGACACAAUAUCCAGACACACGUGGCCUAUCUGAACCUACUGAGAAUGGCUCAGGAGUGUAUGUUCUCUGAGAGUAACGCCGGUCAGCUAUCGCCUGUUGCCGCGGGACCAAUUCUGACACCACCCAGCAGCACAGAGAAGCCACCCAAUCCCUGACCAGGACAAAACCAGAGAGACGUGCUACCUCUCCUUAGUCCGAUAGGAGCCACUUGCUGAAUGAUGCACAAUUUUGGGCAAACUGACCUCAUGUAGCUUUGUGUGUGUGUGCGUGUGUUGUGUGGGUGUGUU